AUGUCAUCUUUGAUCCUUUUGUCAAUCACCUUAAAUCACUGUCCUCUGGCUCUUGACUCCUCCAAUAAAGGGAAGGGUUUCUCCCAAAAAUGCAUAAAGAACAAGAGGAUAACUAGGAAGAGAGUAGAGCCAAUUAAAGAACAAAAAGAAGACCAUUACCUGUCAACAUUGAAGCAUAAAGUCAACGUUUACCAACAUAACCUGCAGGACAAUCCAGCGGUGACCACUCAGAGGGUGGAACGCCUGUUUAAAAAUCUGGUAGAGAAUAAUCCAAUGGAGGUUCAUCCGUGCGUCUUUAAUGAGGACACUGUCGGGAUGGAGCAUCAUGGCUUUGGAGUAGAAUCGAGCGAGGAGGAGGAUGAUGAUUACACCUAUGAAGAUGAAGACUAUUCCAAUGACGAUGAUGACCACAAUGUGAACACGUUUUGUGGACUGCGGCGAAAUUUCCUCUCUGAUAUUCCAGAGUUGUCAUCCAAGCGUAAAGAUAUUACAGAUCCAUACAGUAUACAAGACACCAAUUCAUAUCGAGGGUCUGCCGAGGAGGCAGAGAGAAUUGGUCAAGAAUUGGUUAAUGAAGAAGAACAGGCUAAAAGGAAGGCUGAGAAACGAAGACUUAAGAAAAAAAGACAAAAAGAGAGAAGACGGCAGCAAAAAUUAGAAAAAGAAAAUAGAAGUGAGAAUAAAAUUGGAGAGAAUGUUAAGGAUAAGAAAGUUUUAUCAAAGAAAGAAAGUUGUAGCGAUGGAGAGGAGGAUGACGAAGAAGUGAGUGGAAAUGUUAAACGUGGUCUUGAUCUGUCACCUGAGAAAGGGGCCUCGGCGUACAAAAAUCAGAGUUCCGAAAGAGCUAACAGUAGGAAUGAGGAUAGUGUGAAAGUGACUGCUAAAGACAGGAAAGCGAAGAGGGAUAGAGUGGGUGAGGAUGAGAACAUGGCCGAUAAAUCUGUGUAUAAUUCCGAGGAUGAGCUGGACAUGAACAGUUCUUUUGUUUCAAAAGCUGUCAACCAGAUAAAACGUAAAAUGAAUAUAAAGCCUAAAGCUGAGAGGAAAGAGAACGAGAAAAAGAGAGGUGAAAAGAAACUAGAGCAAACUGCAGAUUCGAACGCCUUGAAUGAGAAGAUUUUAGAAUUAGCAGAUAGUGACUGUGAAGCUGUCUUAUUGGAAGGAGUAGAUUUGAUGCAAUUUGAAGCUGGAUCUUCAUCUGAGAGAAAUUCACAGAACUGCUUGAUGUUUAUUCAGGAAAUUCAGGCAAAGAAUUGCCCCCUCUUGUCCCUGACACUACUGUCCAUGUCUAUAUUUGGGUACUUUAAGUCCCCAUUAAAAGUAAUCUAUAAUUUUUUGCACCUCUCUGUAAUUUCCUUGCAUAUUUGUUCCUUUACAUCCUUCCCACUAGCUGGUGGCCUAUAGUGGAGCAAUGUAAUGCACCUUUUUUACCCCUUAGCUCUAGCCAAAUCGAUUCCGUCCUUGACCCCUCUGGGACAUCCUCUUUAUCCAGCACGCAAUGCUCUCCUUAAUCAAUAGCAUUACACCUCCCCCUUUCCUGUUUGUCCUGAACCCCUUGUAUCCAGGAAUAUUUAACACUCAGUCCCGCCCUCCUUUGACCUAGGUCUGUGUUACAGCCACAACAUUCUACAUGGCAAUCUGUGCCUUGGACUCACCAGUCUUUUGGUGCAUUCACAUACAUGCAUAGUAACCCUGAUUAGACACAAUUACUUUCUUCCUUAGUUUGACUCCACCUAGAAACUUCACUAUUCCGGAUUCUCAUGCCAUCUGUUUCUCUCGGUAUUCUGUGCCCGACAGUAUUCCUCUGAUAUUUUCUCCUGGUUCCCACACCCCUGCCAAGUUAGCUUACAACCCCUUCCCAAGGGCACCAGCCAAAAGCCCCGCAAGGAACUCGGUUCCAGCUCUAUUUAAGUGUAACCCAUCCAGCUUAUACUGGCCCCAUCUCACCCAGAGCCAGUCCCAAUGUCUCAGGAAUCUAAAGCCCUCCCUCCUGCAUCAUAUUUACAUCCACACACCCACCUGCUUUAUUCUCUUAUUUCUGUACUGACUUACGCAAGAUACAGGGAGUAAUCUGGAGAUUUCUUCUUUUGAAAUCCUGCUUGCUAAUUUCCCUAAAUUCUGACUGCAGGACCACCUCCCUCUUUCUGCCUAUGUCAUUUGUACAAAUGCGGACCAUGACUGCUGUCUGUUUACCCUGCCCCCUCCGGGUUCUCUGCAACCACUCAGUGACCCUGGCACCAGCAAAGCAACAUACCAUCCUGGAUUCAUGUUUGUGUUCGGAGAAACACCAGCCUAUUCCCCAAGCUGUCAAAUCUCCUAAACUAUAUUGCCCUUCCAGUCUUCCUUGUGCACUCUGUACAGCAAAGCCACUUGUGGUUCCUUGGACUCGGACUUGGCUCUGGCUGCACUCCCCAGAUGAACCAUCACUCUUAUCAGCGUUCAGAACUGAAUACAGGUUGGAGUGGAAUGCACCCAAGGGAUUCCUGCACUAUGCCUGUUUCUACUUCACUAUCUGGUGGUUUCUUUUUUCCCCUCUCCCUGCAUACUCUUAAUCUGUGGGCUGACCACAUCUAUAAAUGUGCUAUCCACAAAGUUUUCAACUUUACAGAUGCACGGCAGUGACUCCAGCUGCUGCGCAAGUUCAAAACCCAGAGCUCAGUUCGCUGCAACUGAUGACACUUGCUGCACAAACGUUUAUACAGGACAUAGGAAGUGUCCUGGAAUUCCCACGUUGCACAGGAUGUGCACUCGAGAGGUUGGAGCCACCCUGCCAUUUCACUGUUAAUAAUCUUGCUGCUUCUAAUAAAUUUUACUCCUACGAGUAACUCUUAGACAAUGCUAAUAAACCUUACUAAUAGUUAAUACAUUUUACCAGUAUGAAUAAACUUUACUUCAAUGAAA